CUAAGGACUGCAAUUCCAUCCAGCCUAGUUCAUUUCAGUCAUCCGCUCUGUGCACUCACAGGACAAGGGGAGCAAUUUUCAGCGCUGCGUAUUUGUCAAAGCCCUCCCCCAAAAGAAAAGCCUUAAGUAUAACAAAAAAUGGUAAAGUACAUGAGACAGCACAGCGAGCUGAAACCCGAAGAGGUCCUGUCGGAGUCCGAUGCGUCCAUGGACCAGCAGGAUUUCGGAGAGAUGUCCGACUAUUCUUUCAGCGACGUUUUAUACUCCAAAUGUUCCGCAAUGGACCAAAUCGGCACUUUUAUGAAGAACGUGCAAGUGCUGCUCGAUGCAGCCAAUUACAUUGAAAAUAUUGAGAAGAACAAUGGAAAAUGUGAGCAUGGGUACGCUUCAACAUAUCCUGCUACACAGAUUGCACAUCAACAGAAACAACGUAAAUUCAAGAACAGAAAAUUGGACAAUAUUCACAAUAGAUCAGCACACAAUGAACUGGAAAAAAACAGGCGAGCACAUCUCCGCUUGUGUUUGGAAAGGUUGAAGUCACUCAUCCCUCUGGGACCAGACUGCAGUCGGCACACCACACUGGGACUACUCAACAAGGCCAAAGCACACAUCAAGAAACUUGAAGAAGUAGACAGAAGGAGUCAGCACCAACUAGAAACCCUAGAGAGGGAGCAGAGGCACUUGCAGAGGCAGCUAGCCCUGUUGCAGACUCAUGGUGAGCGAGAGAGGGUCCGCACAGACAGCCUGGGCUCCCGUAUGGACUCUGAUCGCUCCGAGUCUGACAGAGAGGAAAUUGAAGUCGAUGUGGAAAGCACUGAGUUCUCCCAUGGAGAAAUGGACAGUGUUAGCACCAGUGGUGCAAGCGACCUGGAUGACCACAGCAGCCGGCAGAGCUCAGCCAGUGACGAGGGCUACUCCACUUGCAGUCUAAAACUGGCCUUCUCUGCUUAAAGCACCAGCCUAUACUUUCACUUAAGCUGCAGUCUUUUAUGGCUUUCACCUCUCUAAGUACCAGCCUAUUGCUCCCCCCCCUCCAAAAAAAAAAAAAACAGUUUAGGUUAAUUGUGUUCAGAGGAAACAGCAUCCCUCCUGACAAAAGAAACAUCUACUCCAUUCAAGAACCCGCCUUAAUUCCAGCUCAGUCUAAAAGCUAAAAAAACAACAUCUUGCUCCAAAAGACAAUGAGCUUCUGUUCACAACAAACUUAAAUAUUUGGCAAAAUACAAUUCUUCAUUUUCAAAGUUGACUUUAACCAAUAACCUGAAUGUCCCUUUACAUGUUGCCAACUCAAAUUAACCAUACUUGUUCUAAAUAUUGAUCUUGUUGAGGACUCAUUAUUGCAUCAGUGUCAAACACUGAAAGGUAGACUACAUUUAAUCAAAUUGAUCCUCAAAAGCCAGCAAAACACUCGGGCACACUCACACAAACAAUACCAGCUAGAAGCUCACCAUUGGGAACGUUUGCUCCAUCUGCCUUGUAAAAAUAAUGCCCUUUUUCAUUGGAUAAUAUAUCCAGACAGCACUUCUUGUCAAUGUACAAGCCAGCAAGGGCUAUAAUGUCUGCAUUCCAAAAUGUGUAACACAGAUAUACAACCUUUGCGUUAGGACCCACAACCAUCACUGACCCAUGUGGUGCCCUUUUUUUGUCCUACGGAAUCUAGUGGGCUAGUCCACCUUUGUUAUUUUAACUUAUUUUGCUUAUAAUUCUAUUUAUUUUUGGUAUAUUUAAUUAUACUGUAGCUACAUUUUGGUCAUGCUGAAAUGGGAAAUAAAUCGUUGAUUUUAAAUACGUCAAUCAAACUUACUUGAUGUAAAAUCCCCACUAAAGCAUAUGAAGUGCUACACGUUUAAUCUAUUACUCAGUGACAUUUAGUUGAAUGCUUUUACACUAUUUGCAGAUUAAAUUUUUUUGGACAGUUAUAAGCUUUCCCACACUUGUUCAAGCACACAGCUCAAGCAAUAAUGUUUCUAGUUUGAUAUCUGUGAUAUUGGUUGGGUUUAGUACAUUGUUGUGUCCGUCCAACUCCCAAUUACAGAUUUACACUUGCUUCAGUAGUAUUAGCUACUUAUAAUCAGCAUUAAAUUGAUUGUAAUUGACUUUAAAAGCUAUGGUGCAUGUGUCUUGAAUGUAGCCUUUCUAAUGAUAUUUUAAUGUACUCUGGACUGAUGAGUAAUUUAUCGGUAGCAUGAACAGGAAAACUACAGAAAAUGGUUUUGAUUUAUAUUUCUGUGUUUACUACUGCUUUUUCCAUACUGUGGCGGAAAAAGUACAAAAUCUAAUUCUUUAAAUCUGAAGACUUCUCACUUAUAAUUCAAUGUAUUUUAACACAGUUGCACUACCAACCUGUUUGACUCCAUGAAACCAAAUAAGACAUUUCGAUAUGAUCAUUUAUCAGCAUUAAGUAAAUCACCACCAAAUUGUGUCUUAACAAGGGGAUUGACUCCUGCACAAAGUUCCUUGUUAGAGGUCCUUCACUCCUCCUAACCCCCAACACGUUUGGGAAACUAUAAAAUGCACUAUAAAAAUAUUGUUUAAAAAAAACAAAUAAAAAAAAAAACAACCAAACUUUUGUUGAGGAAUUAUGUUGAGGCACACCCCAGAAUGUCCUUUCUGUGCUUUCUCAGCCAUCUGAAGUGACUUUUGUGCAAAAUAUGUGCUGCCGGUCCCCUGCUAAUACUUUGUUACAGCUCCCUGAUAACUAUUCCUGGAAUCGUAAUAAACUUCUACACACA